GGCAGAACCAGGAGGAAUGACAGAUGAGCUUUAUAUAACAAAAGCUGAGAAAAACAAAAACCAAGGAUACAAACAAAAAGAGCCCAAGGACCAAAAACCAAAGCAGCGGCUAAAACAGCAAAACAAAGGGCAAACGAAAUAAGGCAAAGUUCAAAUCAAACAUUAAAAAAAACAAACAAACAAACAAAAAAAAACAUAGCAAAAUGGGAGACUGGAAACACAAUGAACUCGGCGAGGGGGGGGAAUACACAACUCACACACCAACAACAAACAGAUACAGACAAGACUGAAGGCAGAAACUACAUACACAGACACUAACGAGGAGAUGAGGAACAGGUGAGGUGGAACAGCAGGUGAGAUAACGAGGGGGUGGCACAGAGGAGGAAAUACUGGGGAAACAAAACAGACAGACAGAGGGAGACAAACACGCAACAAGAGGGAAGGGAAAACAGGGAAGAACACGGAGGACACUGAAAGGACACAAGAGGGCGUGGAAAUCAAAACACAAGACGCGACAAGACAGAACCAUGACAGCAGAUUAAACACAGCUCUGUUUUCGACUGGAAGGCGUACGCCAAAGACACGAUGAACCUGCUGUGAACUCGAGCCAGGAUCCUCUUCUCCACCAUCGCCCCCUACAGGACAGGAAGAGGCAGCAGGUUCGAGGUUUUUUGUUCAAGCACCAAAUUGGCUCUUUGGCAGUGUACAUCAGUCUGUAUUAUGUGGCCUUCUACGUGGUGAUGACAGCCCUCUUCUGUCUGGCCAUCUGGACCCUCAUGUACACCUUGGAUCCAUACGCCCCUGACUAUCAAGAUCGGUUGCAAUCGCCGGGGGUGAUGGUGUGGCCGGACACUUAUGGAGAGGAGGAUGUUGAAAUCAGGUACAACUCAUCAGACAAGGCCAGCUGGAUGCAGAUGUCCAACAUCCUCCAUGGGUUCCUGAAGCCCUACAAUGACUCCAAGCAGCUUGAAUGUAACCACUACAACUGCACCAAGGGGAAGUACUUCAUCCAGAACACCUUCUCCGCCCCUAACCACACCAAGUGGGCCUGUCCCUUCACGCAAAGCAUGCUGGGAGCUUGCUCUGGACUCGAGGACCCGACCUUUGGCUACAACUGCUCCAUGCCUUGUGUCAUCAUUAAGAUGAACAGAAUCAUCAGCUUCUUGCCUUCUAAUAAAACUGACCUUCCCCCAUACGUCAACUGCACUGUAUUGAGCGGACAAGCCAAUGUGGACAAAAUCGAGUAUUUUCCUAACAGAGGAGCGAUGGAUCUGUCUUACUUCCCUUACUACGGAAGACUGGCACAGCCUACCUACGUCAACCCGCUGGUGGCUGUUCGGUUCAGCCUGGUCGGAGAAAUGUCCGCCAAGAUCCAGUGCAGAGUGGUCUCCGACAAGAUCAGCUACCAAAACAUCCACGACCCCUACGAGGGGAAAGUCAUCUUCUACCUCAAAGCAGUGAAAUGAGAAACAGAACAGGAAGGAGGUCCUCGUAUAUCCCAACUCACCCGUCAGGAUCACGUGCAGAUCAAUAAUGAUGAUUAUCUAACAGCCUUUAAACAAAACUUAACCCAACAGUAUAGGCCCAGUUGUGAAUCUCCGCGCUGUGUGUUGCUUUUAUUAAGAUGAUGUUGUCAUGCUUAGCUGAGUGAUUCAUGGAGUUCUUUGUCCUCUACAUUGCAGGUUUCACCAUAACAAAGAAAUAAUCUAAUCUAUACAUGUAUUUAUUGUUAUGAAGCCUGAUCCAUGCUAACAAACUUUUGUCUGUCUCCUCCUCUCAUCCCUACAUAUAUAAGGAUCAUUUAGUGAAUGUCGGAGGGAACACAGGAGAUUUUUGAGGUGGAUGUGGGAUUAAAGACAUGCUGCAGAACAUGUUAUUAUAAUGUGACGACAAACUAUUUCUAAAUAAAAUCUCAUUCCAAAUUUUAUUUUUCGGUCUCAAGAGUAUUUGAUGAGCUCAAGAUGUAUAUAAUUAAUAUGAACAGAACCAAAAGUAUUCUAUCAUAAAGCUGUUUUAAAAGCACUUCUAAAAUGUACAGUCUGUUGUAUUUGUAAUGGGCAGCCCGUGCUAAUAGGAUGAUAAUGAUGAUGAGGGUUCCCACUGAUCUGCUGACUGCAGAGUUUGGGUGUUAACAGCUUACAUGGCGCAGGUGUGCUCGCAUGUGUGCUCACACAGACACGUGUCAGGCUGAAGUUUUCCUUGAAAAAGAUUGUUCUGCUGUGUGAUAACACAGGUUGAUCACAUGAUGUGAUAUGUCCAUUGGUCAGGUUCUUUGUUUUUGGUUUCAGUGCUGAAGGUGUAAAGGAUCAAUGCAAACACAAUGCUGCCGUCAUCAGAAGGUACAUGUAUAGUGUAGAGAAAUGGUCCCAAUAUAAACAGGAUUCCAGAAAAGUUGGGAUGCUGCUUGACACAUAAACAAAACAUGAUAAGCAAAUUAUGAUAGUUUGCUAACUCGCUCUGACAUAAACACAGUGAAAACAGUAUGAAGACAGUAUAUAAUAUGUUUGACUUCUUAAACUUCAUUGAAUUUUUAAAUCAUGUCCCAUUUCUUUUGGAACUGGCUUUAUAACUAUCAAGGGACAUUUUUUUUGUUAAAUACUCAAUACUGAAAUGAUCCUUCAAUUGAAACAAUCUGAAAAUGAAAGGGCACUUUUUGAUUGAACAAUUCAUAUCUUCAAUUAAACUGUAACAUGUAAUAAGGGGUUCAAGAGGAGAUAUUCAUAUUCUGGAUUACAGGACUCAUACUGACACCUGUAAAAUAA